AUGCCAGUGGACCUCGCCAUGCGACUGUGCCUGAGCCAGAGCCUGCCUCUCUGUCACCUACAGGGUGUGUCCCCUAUGAAGGUCCUGAGACCUCACCUUCACACCAGAGACUACCGGUCUCCCAGGGCCAGCCUUCACACUGCUGCCCCGCAUUCCUCAUCUUCAUCCUCCUCCUCCCCAGAGCGAUCAGAGACCAAGAGCUGUGUGCGCAGGAGCAGUGCCAGCCCUAAGAAGAAGCAUGUAGUGUUUGCUGAUACUAAGGGGCUGUCUCUCACUGCAGUGCGACUGUAUAUCCCAGACAACUCCUUUUCCACGGCCAAGAGGGCUGACUCCUCUUCCCCCUCUACCUCCUCUUCCCCUGUCAGACCGCAGGGCCUGUGGCCGGGUUCUGCCGGUGGGAAGCAGCAGCUCUGCAGAUUAAGUCUGUCCUUCCCCCAACCCACGGCAGACUUCAAGACCUUCCAAGCCCGCCUGCAGGAGGUCCUGGUGCAGCUGGAGAGCUGCAGUGUGACUGAGCGAUCACUGAGUGGCACAGUUCGUGUCUGCAAUGUCAGCUUUGAGAAAGCUGUGUAUGUGCGAGUAACCUUUGACUCGUGGCGAAGCCACCAGGACAUCCCCUGUUCCUACCUGCAGCAGCGAUAUGGGGGCGCUGAGACUGAGGUGUUUGCCUUUGAUGUCCCCCUCCCACAAAACCUGGAUCCCAGCGAGCGUCUGGAGUUCUGUGUGUUGUUCCGGCCAGGCAGCGGGGCCGCACUGCGUUGGGACAACAACGGUGGACAGAACUACUGUGUGUGUGUGGAGCCCGAGGGGGCUGGGUAUAGUAAAGCCCAGGUACAGCGCCGCAUCACCACUCCCCGCUCCCUCCAACGUCCCCCCUCAUGGCCAAGGAGUGGGGGAACCAGCCUGAAGAGCCCCCUUUACCCUGGACUCUCCCACCCCUCAGAAGCAUUCAUCAGCCAGAGUUCGGGGUGA